AUGCAUUUGAUCGUACGUGACGAAGGCGAAACUAGCGAGCUUGGGUCAAGAAAAUUUUCCGUGAACUUUGACCCGACACGGUUGUUGAACUUGAGUGCUGUUCAUAUUGCUAGCGAUCAUGUUAUCGUGUCUUGGAGGUGGUCUGCUGCUAACGAUGAUGCGAAGAUUGUGGGGUUUGUCGCCAGGUGGCGGGAAGUUAUUGUUUCCGGAAGUGACGACAUUGAUGACGGGAGAAUCAGACUGAUGAACGUAACCUUGAUGCCAUCAUCGUCGUCGUCGUCAUCGUCGUCGUUUCUGCAAGAAGCCACGCUGUAUAAUUUAAAGUCAUCAACCAAUUACGAUGUGGCCCUCUGGUCACGUGAUGCCUCGGGUGCUGUGGGCGUUUGGUCUGGAGAGAUCCAGGUCAAAACCAAAGAGGAAGAAUUAAGACCUGCAGCGCCUCAGAAUCUACAGGCGGUCGCCCUCUCGUCCACCUCAAUCCAGGUCACGUGGGAGAUGACGUCAUCUCAACAACAACAACAACAAAACUUCGUCGCAGCAUCAAAAUUUAAAAUAAUUUAUAGCGACGAUGUUGAAAGCAUGGAAACAUUUGUUCUCCCAUCAUCAUCGUCAGUGACAUCAUCAGUGACGUCAUCUUCCGUAAAAAUGGUCCACCAAUUACAAUCCUUGAGGAAGUUUACGAAUUAUAACAUUCGCGUCGUUGCGAUAUCAGCCGAUGGAGCUGAGAACAAUGCGGCCGAUGAAGUCACUGCAGUCACUUUUUCCGAUGUUCCGAGCUCACCUCCACAAAAUGUAACAGUAGAGGCCAUCAGCUCAACCACCAUAAUAGUUAGAUGGGACCAGCUGAACGAAGACCUCGUAAACGGCAUUCUGAUUGGCUAUCAGGUGAGGGUCAAGGUUGCCAAGGACAAAUCAGCGACAAGUAGUAGUAGUAGUAGUGGUGGCGGUGGUACAAUUACUGCAGUUACUGACGCUAGCCAAGUAUUCGUCAGUAUUAAUGAUCUGAACCAUAGCGCGACGUACAGCGUCCAGGUAGCCGCGCAGACGAGAAACGGAAGUGGACCCCCGUCGCCAUGGCAGCAAGUCGCCACCCUCUCACGUGAUCUUGAUGAAUCGAAACUCCCUAGCAAGCCGAUAAUACACCUGGCAAAACCCUCCCAUAACACCAUUUCCCUGACGUGGUCACCCCCAAAAACGAAUGACGUCAUCAUUCGGGGGUACGUGUUGGGGUACGGAGUGGGUAGCCCCCACGGGAAGAUACCAUCGUCCGAAUACAUCAUCAUGUUGAAAGCAUUCAACAACGCCGGUGAAAGCGCCCCCGCGUACAUAACGGCCAUUACCCUCUCUGAAUAUAGCUCCAGGGACCAGCAGCUCCCCAGUGCGGUCAUCAUCCCACCCGUCGGUCUGAAGACGACGGUCCUCUCGUCAACGUCCAUCGUCCUCGAGUGGACCGACCACGAUAUGAAGAACAAUAACAGGAGGAAUAAUAAUAAUAAUAAUAAUAAUAAUAAUAAUAAUAAUAAAAGAUACUAUACUGUCGUGUACAGUCCGAAGCAUCAAUCAGCCUCUCAGCGCCGUCGAACCCAGUUGAACACUCAGAACCUCUUCUACCAGGUAGACCUCUUGAGACCUGACACUGAAUACGAGUUUUGUGUCAUGAUCGUCGUCGUUCCUUCAUCUCCCCCUCGUGACGUCACACCGAUCAGUAUGGAGGCCAAACCAAACGUGGUCACCAUCAGCUGGCAGCCGCCCACUGAAGAAUGGGCUACUGAAACCGUCAGCGGCGACAAACUGUCGACCACGAUAAGGGGCUUGACCUUUGACACGACCUAUUAUUUCAAAGUUCAGGCCAGAAACAACGCGGGGUUAAGCCCUAUGACCGGGGUCACGGUUUAUAAUAGUCCAAAAUAUUCCAGCACUCCGCAAAACGGAAAUGACGUAUCUGAUGAUGUCAUCAUGUAUUCUAAAAAUAGAAAUCCCAAUUCACCGCCAUCAUCAUCGUCGUCGUCAUCAUCGUCAUCAUCUUCGUCAUCAUCAUCAUCCUUGAGUAUACCGGCGAAUGUCCUGUGGAUCAUCAUCAGCAUCAUCGCGACCUUGACCUUACUGGUGGUCGUCAUAGCGAUGACCUUGGUCUGCCGGCGAAGGAGGAAGAUGAUGAUGAUGAGGAGGGGGAAGGAGGAUUCUAGAAGGAACGGCUACCUGCCGGCAAACACCACCACCAACAACAACUUCAACGACCUCAAGCCAGAAGACAUCGACAACAACAGCGCCGUUCACAGCAACAGUCUAGACAGCCAUCAUCUCCACCAUCGUCAUCUUUAUCCUCAUCAGCAUCUUCAUCAUCAGCAGCAGCAGAGGAAUAACAUGAAUAAACCGCCGCCUGAUCUAUGCACACACGGAAGGAGUUUUCUGGAGUUGAAAGGUUCAGAAAAAGAUCCAGACGAAUUGACCGAAAUGAUGUCACGACAUACCUCAUCAAUUGAUGAAGACGCACUUAGCGAUACCGAGAGGCAUAGGUACGCCAGCAACCACAACAAUGUGUCUCGAAAUAAGCUGUUAAGUGGCUGUGCUGUUGGCGCUCAUGACUCGUCAUCUGUGUCUAUGAAAGAACCCUACAUGAUAACGAACGGGGCCAUCACAACUCCACCAGCGUCUUCUUCUUCAUCAUCGACCAUGAUCAGACCAAACUAUCCGCGGACUCAAUAUACAACACAGCAACAACAACAACAGCAACAACAGCAGUACCAACAACAACAACAACAUUUGUAUCCACUGCAUGUUCAGCAGCAGCAGCAGCAACUUCAUCCGCAAAUCCAGCAGCCGUUUCUGCAAUACCAUCAACAACAGAAUGUCGUUAACAAUACGCCGAGAGUUAAUGUCGGGAUUAUGCCUCAGCCUGACCACCGGCCAAUGGCAGCUGUCGAAGGCUUCGUUGAACACGCCCACACACCCCCGCUCAUUAAUUUGACAGCUCGAUCUCUGGCCAAUCAGAACACGGGAACUCCUCCACCGCCUCCUACGUCAUCAACAACGUCAUCAAGACCCAAGGGUGCUGCCGGCAACGAUCUGGUAUCUGAUACUAAAUCCUUCACGACAGAAGACCUCUGUGCGGAAAUGAAUAACCUGGAAGGACUCAUGAAAGAUUUGAGUGCCAUAACGCAGCAAGAGUUUCAACUGUAACCUGUCUACCUGUGUGCGUGUGCGUGUGUUUGUAUGUGUGUGUGCGUGUGUUUGUAUGUGUGUGUGCGUGUGUUUGUAUGUGUGUGUGUGUGUGUGUUGUGUGUUUGUUUGUGUGUAUGUGU